AACUCCCAAUAGUUAUUAGGGGAUCUCUUUCCUUCGUCCCGUAUGAAAUAGUCUCAUUGACCCCGUAUUGACUAGGAACUUGCCUUGAAGCUUUUGUUAGUAUUUUCUUUAAUAGUAGAAAGGAGGAGAGAAAUGGGUUGCUUUAUCUUUGGCUUUUAACCGAGUUCCAUGUCUGCAAUUUCAAAGCAGGUGAGGGAGUUAACAGAACAACUAUGGCUACGUCUAGUGAUGAUACGAUAUACGUUGCAGUAGGAGAAGUUGAAGAAAGUGAGAACACUUUGUUAUGGGUUUUACACAAUCUUAAUCCUCGAAAACUUUGCAUUCUUCAUGUUCAUCAGCCUUCCAGAGUGAUCUCAUCCGUGUACGGAGUUGAUGAGGAUUUGGCUGAAAUCAUGUUUGAUCAGCGACAAAUUAGGGGUCUAGAGGAAGUUGGAAAGGACAUGAUGAAUCGGAUCACGGAUGAACACCUUCUUUUCUGUAGUCAAGCAGGGGUCAGUGCCAUAAGGCUACAUAUUCAGAUGGAUGAUGUUGCAAAGGGGAUUCUGGAACUGAUUCGUAGGCACAAUAUCAAGAAGCUAGUGAUGGGAGCCGCAGCUGAUGAGCGCUUCUCAGAGGGAAUGUGGCUGAUGUCUGAGAAAGCACAAUAUCUGAACGAAAAUGCGCCACUUUCUUGUCAAAUUUGGUUCAUUUGCAGGGAGCACCUUGUACAUACAAGGUUUGAAAUCGGGCAAUCAUCAAAUGCAUUAAGUCCAUCUGCUUCUAGUUAUUUGACAAGCUCUAGUGAAGCUGCUGGUAUUUUAGAUUCGACUGUGUUCGACGAAAGAGAUGAGAGUGAAUGCGAGCUCGAGCCGUAUGAAAUGCUUUGCUCUAGAGAGGAAGGAAGUAGUAAUGAUCAACUAUUUGAUCAGCUUGAACAAGCGCUGCAGGAAGCUGAAUCAUCAAAUCGAAAAGCAUUUGAAGAGUCCGACAAGCGUGUGAAAGCUGAAAUGAAUGCCGCCCGGGCUAUGCGCCAAGCAAAAACAUUUGAAAGGUUGUACAAUGAAUGCAAGAGAGAAAAGGAGACAGCACUUACAAAACAGAAGGAGAGCAUUGAAAAGAUAAAGAGGCUGAGAGAAGAAGAACAUUCAGUUGCCAGGGAGCAAAAGUCUAUACUGGAGAGCCAAGUCACCAACUCAGAUCGCAGGAUGAAACAAUUAGAAGAUGAAUUAGCAUCAGCUAUGGAGCAGUUGCAGGUUUCCCUGAAAGAACGAGACGAGUUGCAAAUUGAGCUCCAAAAUAGUCGUAAAAUGAUUGAAGAGCUUUUGAGAAAACAAGCAGAAGAGACCUUAAGCGCACAUAUGGACCAAUUCAAUCUGGACCGGUUGUCUGUAUCAGAGAUUAAUGAUGCAACUUUGCACCAGUUACAGAUUGUCCAGAAAGAAAAAGAUGAGUUGCAGGUCAUGCUCGAAAAUACUUGUAGGAUAAACGAAGAGCUUUUAAGAAAACAAUCCGAAGAUACCUCAAGCUCUCACUUGCAGCAACACUUUAUAGAGUUCUCUCUGUCGGAGAUUGAGGAAGCAACUGAGGGCUUUUACCAAUUGUAUAAGAUAGCAGAAGGAGCUCGGGGGAAUGUAUAUUAUAAAUGUGUCCUUCGUCACACUGAAGUGGCUGUAAAGGUGCUUGGUCGAAGUAGCAUUCAAGAUCCCUUUGAACUCCAACAGCAGGUUGAUGAUUUGAUUAAAUGGAGGCAUCCAAACCUAGUAACUAUUAUCGGAGCCUGCCCUGGGAGAAGGGCUUUAAUAUAUGAAUAUGUUCCUAAUGGAAGUCUUGAAGAUCGUUUGAACUGCAGGAAUGGCAUGCCCCCGCUGUCAUGGCAAUCUCGGUUGCAUAUAGCUACUCAGCUUUGUUCUACUCUAAUGUUUUUACAUUCGGGUAAACUAAUGCAUGGCAACUUAAAACCUGGGAAUAUUCUUCUUGAUGAAAACUUUGGUUGCAAACUUACCGACUUCGGAAUUCAUCGUGCACUUUCUCUUUUGAAAAACUCAAACAACACGACGGAAUCAAGCAAUGCUAAUCCUUACCUUGAUCCCGAUUUUCGUGGUACAAGAAGAGUAUCUCACAGUUUGGACUUAUACCCUUUUGGCAUUAUAGUAUUACAAUUACUUAGUGGGAGGUUAGCUCAGGGUAUAGCUGAGAUCGCACAAAACGAGCUAUUAAAUGGUCCGAGUUCCUUCUUGGAUUCUUCAGCUGGAAACUGGCCACACCAAGUUGCUCAGUUGACGCACUUGGCUAUAAGAUGCUGUGAUGUAAACCGAAGCCGGAGACCUGAUCUUGCAUCAGAUGUUUUCAAGGUACUUGAGACAAUGAAACCUUCUGGAGUGUCGAUAUCACAUGUUGCAGACUCUGAUGAAGAUAAUCUCGAGCCUCCAUCUUAUUUCAUUUGUCCCAUUUUACAGGGAGUUAUGACUGAUCCGUGUGUGGCAGCUGAUGGUUAUACUUACGAAGCAUCGGCAUUGCAGGAUUGGCUGGCUGACCAUGAUACUUCCCCUAUGACAAACCUCAGGCUUCCACAUCUCGAUCUUAUCCCUAACUUUCCUCUUCGUUCUGCUAUUCAGCAAUGGCAGCAAAAUCAUUGAAACUGUUUCUUGUUCCUGGAACAUGUUUGGCCAUGUUGUCCUUGACCGCUUCUUCCAUGUUUAUAAAGGGUGUAAUA